AUGAAGACUAACCUCGUCGAUGUGCUUGAAUAUGAAAAAGAUAAUAGCCCUUCAAGGAAUAACGAUAAGGUGUCAACAACUCCAGCAUUGACUGACAACUCGCAGCUCACCAAGGAUUUUGCUGGAGAAUUCAACAGUUUGAGGGUGGAUAGAAUGGGAGAUGAUCGUAUCAGCGAUGUGUUCAAAGAGAAAGCUAAAGUUGUCGGCAACAAAUCUGGAGUGACAAUUGUCACGAAUGGUGCCAACGAGAAAAAGAAGGAGAAUGAUUCUCCUAGAAUUAGCCAGCUAACGGCGUUUAAUCCGGAGGAACCAGUUCCUACAACUACCAUAAAGCUACUGAAAACUCAAGUUCUCUCAAAACUGAGAAGGAAUUCCCAGCUUUUAUACGGCUUGGAUGAUCAUUAUCGUCAAGUGUACUCUCUAUGCAAGCAUUGCUUGAAUGACCUUCAAAGUAGGUCUCUUCUAUUGAUGGGUCCCAGAAACACAGGAAAGACAAGUUUAGUCAAUCAAGUUUUAGCUCAACUGGAAAAAGAACAUCCCAAAGGUUUUAUCACAAUUAAGUUGAACGGUAUUUUUCAGACUGAUGAUAAAAAAGCAGUGAGAGAGUUUGCUCAUCAGUUGGAUAUCAAACUGUCGCAGUUAGCUGGGUACGAUACCAUAUUGGACAGAAUUGUAUCGAAGGACAAAUUCGUAACUGUUGAAAAGAAGAACAUAACUCAUACGCUGGAAAGUAUUCUAAGAAUUUUAGAUAGUAAGAGAUUACAGCAGAACAGCGAAGAUGAGAUAAAAGGGAACAACAUUCCCAUAAUCGUUAUUUUGGAGACAUUUGAAGUCUUUGUAAACCAGAGACAGUCUUUCUUAUACAAUCUUCUAGAUAUUACUCAAAAUGGUUCAAGUCCCAUGUCAGUUAUUGGAAUAACCAACAGGCUGAACACUAGAGAGCUUUUGGAGAAGCGUGUGAAAAGUCGGUUUUCGCAGAGAAUCCUCCAGUUCAACAAAGCUACAAGCCUGGAGGAGUUUACUUCAAUUUGUCUAGUAAAUCUGCUGGCAAGUGUGCCCAAGGAAGGACAACCUGAUGCCGCUACGAAAUCCUACUUUGAGGCGUACAACAGUCGAAUUCAAGAGCUUCUCACAACGUCUUCGCCUUUAAGGCAAAAACUGGUUGAGAUUUAUUACACAACAAGAGACAUAGUACAAUUCAAACUUCACUGUGUGCCUAUUGUAUCUCAAUUAUCAGAGUUGUCCCCACUUCCAGGAGAUCUAGAUUCUGCCUACAACAUAACGUCCUUACUUCGGCCGAUGUGUUUAGAGGAUAUAAUACUUAAAGGUCUGUCUGAACUGGAGAUUCAGCUUCUCAUUUCUGCAAGUAGAGUGGUCAAAGACCAAUGUCUUGAGAAUGUUAAUUUCAAUCUGGUGUACGAAGAAUAUUCAAAGUUGGUUAAAAAAUUUCAACAAGAAAGGAUAAGCCAGAUGUCUAACUUUCAAUCUUCAACCGGAGUGGUAGCCAGUUUCAACGUCUAUGAAAAGUUUCUGAUGGAAAAAUGUUGGGAGACCCUGAUUACCAAGUAUCUACUUUUAGACAUCAACGUGUCUUCCAGAAAUACCAACAAGUCUCAAAGUUUUAUGUUUAACAACAACAUAAGUUCCCGAUCUGUCAAAUUUUACUACUUAAAUGUGACACUGGAAGAGCUAAGUGAAAUAUUGGAUAGAGACUGGGCCAAGUGGAUUCAGUAUUGA